AUGACUCAGAGCUUCGACUUCGGCUCACUGAGCUGCAGUGAAACUUGUCAAGUGACUCAGAGCCUCGAAUUCGGCUCACUGAGAUGCAGUGUAACUUGUCAAAUGACUCAGAGCUUCGACUUCGUCUCACUGAGCUGCAGUGUAACUUGUCAAGUGACUCAGAGCUUCGACUUCUGCUCACUGAGCUGCAGUGUAACUUGUCAAGUGACUCAGAGCUUCGACUUUUGCUCACUGAGCUGCAGUAUAACUUGUCAAGUGAUUCAGAGCUUCGACUUCGGCUCACUGAGCUGCAGUGUAACUCAUCAAGCGACUCAGAGCUUCCACUGCGGCUCACUUAACUGCAGUGUAACUUGUCAAGUGACUCACAGCUUCGACUUCGGCUCACUGACCUGCAGUGUAACUUGUCAAGUGACUCAGAGAUUCGACUUCGGCUCACUGAGCUGCAGUGUAACUUGUCAAGUGACUCAGAGCUUCGACUUCGUCUCACUGAGCUGCAGUGUAACUUGUCAAAUGACUCAGAGCUUCGACUUCGUCUCACUGAGCUGCAGUGUAACUUGUCAAGUGACUCAGAGAUUCGACUUCGGCUCACUGAGCUGCAGUGUAACUUAUCAAGUGACUCAGAGCUUCCGUUGCGGCUCACUUAACUGCAGUGUAACUUGUCAAGUGACUCACAGCUUCGACUUCGGCUCACUGAGCUGCAGUGUAACUUGUCAAGUGACUCAGAGCUUCGACUUCGGCUCACUGAGCUGCAGUGUAACUUGA